AUGGCAUCAGCCCCAGGCAAACCCAUCGAGAGAACAGAAACGGCUGACGAAUAUGGCCGUCGCGAGAAGUGCUUCAGAAACCAUAGGCGACACCCAUUUACGUUCCAAUCCCAUGUGACAGACAUACAGAGCACAAGAGAGACUACCGAAGCAGAUGGGUUUGUAUCCCAGCCGGGAUUGAAGAUGGUUCCUCUUCCAAACCCACAACUAACAGGAGAAGUAUUCGACCAGCAUCAACAUCACCGGGAGAAUCUCGAGAAGCUUCUCCACGAUUCUCCAUCAAAGAUUUCCCUAUCAGCUACCAAUAAUUUUACAAAAGAACUUUUUCUUCCUGUCGGCGAGCUGGACUUGGGGUCUUGUCAUGAGAGUGAUGUCCGAGAGUACCUACGCCAGGUUCAUACCAAGAGGUACAGUGAUCCUUUAAAGCAAUGGAUCCCAUUCACUUGCACAAGGCCAGAUAGAGAUGAAAGCCUCAAGUUUCCACCUGGUCUUACCCUGUUAUGGAAGCUUCUGCAUCGUGAACUUGACACAGAUAAACCUACCUUAUCAAAGGACGCUGUGAAUCUUGUGAGAGAACAAAGCAAAUCGCUGACAGUUUCCGAACAUGAGAUUUUGCCCCUAGAGCAAACAAAAAUCAAGCCUUAUCAAUACAGCUGCCUGGAUCCUAUCUCGCCCCCCUUGUCUCCAGUUUCAGACGACACUGUACCGUUCAUUCCUGAUGGUGGUGCGGCGGUCGUUGAUCUUGUGUCAGAACCAAGUAGCCCUGACCGCACCGCGCUCGAGGCCGUUCAGCGUGACCUGGAUUCAGACCCUAUUAUUUCGUCCACUUUCAUGACAUCACCAGCCGCAAGAGAAUUACCACAACUCUUCCAAACAUGUCACACCCUGUUUCAAGAGGCCAAAGUCGAGGCUCCUGUCGUCUUUACUAGCUCUGAUACCCCAAGUGAAGCCAACGCGUUCACUGAUAUCCACCUGCCUCUAAUUGGUGAUGACGGCGAGAAUGUCUCCAAGUCACUCCAUGAAACAGGGCAUUUUGAAGAUGCUUUCAUGACACUGCUUGAGGACCGACAUUAUUAUGCUAACCAAUUGGUGAACCAAGAGGGUUUUCAUCCAGCUGACUCCCUAUGUCGUGCUCCCGUCCCUCUACUUGAUUUCGACAUCCCACCUCCUGAAUGGUCCCUUAGGCACUUUACCGCGAAGACUCAUUUUGCAUUCUUGAGAAAAAAGAAAAUGCGGCCAAUCAUGGUGGAUGAAAUCGCGGCGUCAGAUGAUAUCAUUGCAAAACAUCUUUCUCUUGAUUCUACCCCUCUUAUAAGCAGUCUUGAUUUCGUUUCGAUAAAGCCAAAUUUGGAUGUCCUAUGUAUUCAACACGACGAAGAAAUCGAAUCGGUAUUCUUAUUGAACGACGAAGCGGACGAAGCACCCGUUGCUAGCACCCAGCAUCACCAGGGCCCAAAUUGGAUAAACUCGGAGCAAGAAAACGAAACAAGCAUCUCGGAAACUAGGGAUUCUCAUGAAGUCAAUCGCCCAACUAGUAGGAAACUCGACGACGAUGGCACAAGAAUAUUACCAAAGUCUUACGAUACGAGUGCCACGAGCAUCCUCCUCCACAACUUUAUGGAACUUAGGGGCAUGAAAAGACCGCGCCUCAAUACAGAGCCCGCUGGGAUGAGUCAAUGUACAGGUACUUUGCCGUCUAUCCCUGGCAACGAAGCAUCUGCAACCAACGAUCGCGAAAUAGUACCUCUCCAGAUGACUGAAGAGAUGCCUCCCGCGCCGAUUCCCAACAUUGAGAUACCAUCCGAGAAGUCGUCUUUUAUCAUCUCUGUUGAUCUUGCUAGGCCAAUAUUGAGACGAUUAGAGAGUAUGUGGGCUCCUGAGAAGUUAAUCGACGUUGACUUUUCGCGCCACAACACUACCGCCAGAUUACCAGGCGUUACUCAGCCCAAAGAGACUGUCUCGCCUUUGAGUUUUGAAGCUGAUAUAUCCCUUUCGCCUGGAACAGGAAUCAUCAUCACGAAUCUUCUCAAGGUCAGGCAACGUUCCCUUCCAGGCUCCCAAUCUCAAACUCCACUACGGGAGCGUGUGCAGAAAGUGAGCCAGAGAUAUGAAACUCUGAUUGUUCUAGUAUCAGAAUCGCAGCCCAAGGGAGAGCUUAUGGGAACAGUGGCUCCGUCGGAUACAGCCGCUUAUGCUGAGUUUUUGAACUUUGCAGUUGCACUUGAUGGGGACGUCGAUGUACAUUUUAUUCCAGGGGCAACAGAGACAAUGGCCUCGUGGGUUUUGGCUUAUAUGUGUCAAUAUUCCUCAAGAUCCGAAGGGCUAUCAAGGUUUUUGUCUUCUGAAGAAACUCCGUGGGAAUUAUUCCUCAGGAGAGCGGGCAUGAAUGUAACCGCUGCCAAGGUGCUUUCCAAAACGCUUUUCGAACAGGGUGGAGCGUCGGGACUUGCCGUGUUUCUCAACAUGUCAGUGCCAGAACGAGUUGCCAGAUUUGGACCAUUGCUUGGUGGAGAAAAAGGGUUGCUCCUGACAGCAAAAGCAAUAGAUCGAAGAUGGGGAGACCAGCCUCCUCAGCAUAUUCCUUUCGGACGGUAA